AUGGUCGUCCAUUUCGACCUCAAAGCGAAGCCAGGCGAAAUCCCUUCGAAUAUCGACGCCAAGCAGGAUGCAGAGGCUCGUCAGGAAUUGCCAGCCUUCUCGUGGCAUUCUCGAUCGCUCGCACUCAUCCAGAGCAGCGGGACCGGCAAGUCUCGGCUCGUGCAUGAGCUCAAUGGGCUGCUCUGUGACGACGGCGACGCCGGUGCGUUACAUUUGACUUUUCCGCUCUGCUUCCGCGAAGAGAAUGAGGCCGCUUUCCCUAUGGGAGAUUGGGAAGUCCUCGUCUGGCUUCGCGAAGACAUGGCGCAGUACGUGCCAAGCGCCUGCGCUCAAAUCUCUCUCCCCGAGCUUUACAGGAUGCGGUGGAUUGCGUUUCUCCGCAGUAUCUACAGGGCAAGCGCCACCAUAAUAGAGCGCUGCCCUGGGGACACUCCCAAUGAGCUACGCGAGUACUGGCUCGAGCAGUGCAGGUCGUCUGUAGAUGCUUUGAGCGAGCAACGUCAAGAGGGACACCACAACGUUCACCUCUACAGUCUUGCGAAAACCGAGGCUGAGGAGUGUUGGCUGGAGGCGGUGGAGGAUGUCACCGCCCGCAGCGCUAAUUACGACUCGAACUCACACUUGUUCGCAAAAGACCAGCUCAAAAACCUGGUAGAAGAUGCUGCAAAGCUGCGCUCUCUGCUUGACGACUUCCUUCCCAGAAAGCGCUGGAACGUCAAGGUUUGGUUCCACAUUUGCCUGGACGAAGUGGCAAACAUCCGCCCGGCACACCUCAAGCAGACAAAGUCGGAUUUCAGCUGGCUUGAGCAAGUGCGCUCGAUGUACUGCCCUGAUCCUCGACAUCAGAUGCCGCCUUUGUUCUGGAUCAUUAUGCUGGGAACCAACGCCGGCUUUGCAGCACUCAGUCCAGCCCAAAAGGACGCGACUUCUGGCCGCGUUGCGAGUGGCAAGCUGGUACAAUUUCCGCCGUAUCUGCUGACUAUCAGUGACCUAUGGCUCCGGCGACCCUCCUCACAACGGACAGGAGUGUUUCGCGCGACUCCUUAUCAAGCCACCAGACCACACGUUCUCGCACUGUGGGGCAGGCCCCUUUGGCAAUCUCUGGUAGGGUACCAAGAUCAGAAUCCAAUAUUGGGCGACGCUGAUCUGACGUUUUUGGGAGGGCAACAGCUCACCUUCGUUCUACAGAAACUUAGGAAUCAAGCGGUCAGUAGCCCAAGCGUUGUAGGCCUCAAGCUAACUUCGACGCACUAUCUUGCACUUUUGGGGCAACGACUGGUAUUGGACGGCGGUCACGACUUUGCCGAGUCUAUUGUGUACUGCCGACAUCCAUGCAUUUCGGAGGAUGACCAAAAGCAGAUGGUAGACGAGCACUUGCGCAUGCUGCGCAACAUCAACCGCACUGGCGACGCUGUUGCUACCUUUGUAAUGUCGGAGCCUUUGGUGUCACACAUGGCGGCAACGGAACUUCGCCAUCUUGCCAAAGGUCGCAUCGAUUAUGAUGCCGGUUUGUACGGCGAAAUCACAGCUCAGGCUAUAUUUGCCGUGUGCAAAGACGCAGCACCGCGCCCGUCCGCGAACCAAUUAGGUCUUGCUACGAUGCCGGAGCCCUACGACCCUGCCUUCCACUUUGUGCAGCUCAGAAGCUUUCUUGAGACAACUUUCAACGCUGACGACAUGUCAAAAAGGUCAGACUGGGCAAUGCUACUGGACUCGGCGCAGGGUGCUUGGGUGAAUUUCACGCGAUUCACACGCCACGACAAAACUUUGCUGGCCAUCACGCCACGAAUUCUUAGGCUGGCGUGGCUCGGCAUGAAAGCGAUUGUAGGCGCACCCAAUCAGUACCACUGGGAUUUGAUCAUUCCGAUUUAUUGCGGAUCGCUGCACAAGCGAGUGGAUCACAACGCGUUCACAUUCAUAGAGAUUCAGGUCAAAGCUCACAAAAUCUCCUGCAAUCAACCGCAACCUCCACUUCCCGAGUCGAUGGCGCGCCAGUGGGCCAAACCACCCAUUUCCACUCUAAUGAAUGUAGGCACGACCGGCAAUGGCGAGGAAAAGGUGGAGGUGAGCUCCCACAAGAAAGGUAAACACAGCACUGACGGGCAAGGGCAAAACACUUGGUUCGAGAUAUCCACAAAGCGCUUCCAAAGAAGUCAUCAUCCCGGUCUAGGCAUUCUCAUGCCAGGCCAAUAUGCCGGUGUUGCCCAUGAGGAUUUCGUCAUCGCCAGGCAUCCCUCCCUCACCGACUGGCCUGAAUAUCAGGAGAGCCUACGGGCGCUGGAGGACAGAGAAGACUGUUUGAGGAAAGCGGCCGAGGAAGACGAGCCCUCUGAGCAAUGA